AGCAGUUUCUGUUCUGUCGUCAUGCUGCCCUCCAGUGUCUUCAGACGGCUCUGCACCAGCACUCAGCGGCCCGUCCUCCUGCUCUUCACCAAGGACCCGUGUCCUCUGUGUGACGAAGCGAAGGCAGCCCUCGAGCCGUUUGUACACCGGGUCCAGCUGCAGGAGGUGGACAUCACUCUCCCGGAGAACAGAGUCUGGUACGACAGGUACAGAUAUCACAUCCCCGUCUUUCAUUUAAAUGGACAGUUUCUGAUGAUGCACCGUGUGAACUCAACACUCCUGGAAAAGCGCCUGGAUGAAGCCACUGCAACUGAACAAUGAUAUCUGGAGAUGUUAUGCAGUUCAUUGUAAAUAAAGUUUUUGACAUUAGUAGUA